AUGGCUGAAGCCGAGCGGUGUCAGAACAAGUUGGACAUGGCGCAGCGGCUGGUUGGUGCACUGAGUGCCAACGGUGUCAUUUGGGAGCAGACCGUGGAAAAGACGUCGGAAGAGCUCAUCUACAUUCCGGGAGACUCGUUGGUGGCCUGCUCUUUUGCGUCAUAUCUUGGCGUGUUUUCUCGAGAUUACCGUGAGACAGCCACAGCAAGCUUCGUGGACUUCCUCCAGGCACGCAACGUACCUCUGGGACCCGAGAUCAGUCCAUUGCAGGUUCUGUCGACCGAAGCAGAGCAAGCAAGAUGGUGCGCAAAUGGUCUGCCUAGUGACCGUGUUUCCUUAGAGAACGGCGCAAUCAUGUCGUGCAGUCAACGAUGGAGCCUGGUCAUCGACCCUCAACUUCAGGGCAUCGUGUGGAUUAAGAACAAGGAAUCCGAGAACAAGUUGGAAAUCACCCGCAUGGGAGCCCCGAGAAUGGUGCAGCUGUUCGAGAAGUCGAUCGAAACCGGGAAAAGCGUUCUUGUCGAGAACAUGGGGGAGCACAUUGAUGCCGUGCUUCAACCCGUUAUUGCUCGCAACACCAUCAAGCGCGGGGCGCGCAAGGUGCUGAAGCUUGGAGACAAGGACCCCGAGAGAUGCCAAGGUCGACACUCGGAUGCAUUCGGCAACGACCGACAGUGCACUAUGCAAAAAGAGAAGUCUCUUGAGCAAGCACAGCAGUCAGCAAGCCACAAAAUAGCUGCUCUCUCUGUGGCCAAGCCCUCCGCUUGCAACGCGGUUUGGAGGAGGGCAGCCAGAAUGGGUAGCGAGGCUGUCGAUGACUUCGCGAAGCUUGAGGCUGACGUUAUACGAUGGCUUCUUGCCAGGGAGGAUGUGCAGAGUAGCGUGCAUCUCGCUCUGGCUGGCAAGACUGAUGAGGCGUCGGACGCCAUCCUGACCAUUGUGAAAGGUUUGAUAGACACGGCCCCGACUCCAUCGGUGCCUUCAGUUCCUUCCAAGCAGCCGAAGGCGAAGCUUGCAAAACGAGCCGCGACCAGGCCCACAAGCCACGAAGCUCCGGAGAAGCGUGCACGGCAAGAAGCCGACGAGUACUGGCUGGACGCAUGCUCUCGAGCAGUCGAAGCCGACAGGCUCCAUUGCGAGGAGCGACACCGUGCCAAGCGGACCUCAGAGGUCCAUGUGGAGACACCGAGGCCUGAGCCGCCACAGCCGCUCUUCUGGCGUAUCGACAUGCCGGAUGUGCUGAAGGUGCUCUCCCAGCGCGGCGUGCUGCCGCGGAAUUUUUUGCCAGUGGUGCGACCACAUGUCACAUUGCUCUACAUUGGAGGCGAGGGAUCCGAGGAGCGCGCGGCUGCUCGGGCGGGCCUCUCCACCUCAGAGUUCCAAGUGGCUAAGCACACUUUGGAAAAGCUCCGAGGUUCUACAGUCGCCAUCAAGAUGACGGAAAUUAUCAUUGAAGAGAACGUUGCCUGCGCUUUCGUUGACCUCCCAAAAAGCAUCCCCUGUGGGAGCAAGGUACCACACCUGACACUUGGGACCCGCCAGGGAGUGCCAGCGCGUCACGCAAACGACAUACUGGAAGAGGUCCGUGAAGGGCGCCAAGAAGGCAUUACCCGCAUCCGACUGCCCAAGCCAAAGGAGCUUAGAGGCGUGUUGGACUUGGAGACAUCUGCCACCUACAGUGGCAAGACCUAG